AUGAUCAUCGCCGUCCUCCUCGACGCGCUCUCCAACCUCGUCCCCCUUUUCGACAAAUCUCCCCUUCUCGUCACACCAAAUUCUUCACCCCUCGUCCGCUGGGACGCCAUCCACUUUCUCGCCAUCGCCAACAACGGCUACCAGUUCGAACAGCAAUGGGCAUUCUUACCCGGUAUCGCGCUGCUCGUACGAGCAUUCAACGCGCUCUUGGGACUGGAAUUUGGGGUCAAAGGUGUUAGCCUGCUCAUAUCCCUGCUCACACUCGACUCUUUUCGCGUACUGUACGAGUUAUCGCUCAUACACCUCAACUCGGAGAAGCUGGCACAUAUCGCGACCGUGCUGGCGCUCUUCCCAAGCAGCCCUGCAACGUUGUUCGCCGUGCCCUACAACGAACCUUUCUUUACCUACUUUUCCUAUCGAGGAAUGCUAUUCUGUGCACGAAAGCAGUGGUUGCUUGCAGCACUCUCGUUUGCAGCAGCAACCACCUUCCGCUCGAACGGCAUCUUCCUAGCAGGAUACAUAAUCUGGGGUCUGCUCGUCCUGCCUUACCUUUCCAACCCCUCUAUCAACCUAAAGCUACUCCUUUCGACAAUCUACACCGCACUCCUCACCGCACUCGUCUUCGUACCGUUCAUUGGGCACAACUACCACGGCUACCAUACCUUCUGCAUCCCUCCACCCGCCUCGAGCACCGCGGUCACCUUUACGCCGCCAGACUGGUGUAACAAACCCAUACCCUCGAUAUACACGCACGUCCAGGCAGAAUACUGGAACAACGGGCUGUUCAAGUAUUGGACUAUCCAACAGCUUCCAAACUUUAUCAUCGGUGCACCUCCUCUAAUCCUUCUCUUCACAUUUGGAGUAUGGCACCUGCGCCAGGUCCUUCCCACACUCUUUUCUAAACCUGCCCCUUCAACCGCCCCGCGAUCCAAUCGUAAGCCCAUGGACGCGUCGAAGGCAGAACCAGACAUAGUGAAGAAAAAGGAUGAAUCCACUUCAAACCCAUUCACUUCGCUCUCACUCACCCCGCACGUCAUCCACGCCCUGUUCACGUCCUCGAUCCUCCUCUUCGCGUCCCAUACACAAAUCAUACUGCGUCUAGCAGCGGCAAUGCCCACACUCUAUUGGGCUGCUGCAUGGCUAUGGUAUGUUCCCCCUGGAACUACCGCAACGAAAACCCGCUAUGCCAAGUGGUGGAUAUACUGGAGCGCAAUUUGGGGCCUGAUUUCGAUAGUACUAUGGGUCGCUUUCUUACCUCCUGCCUAA